AUGGCUACACCUAUAGGAUAAUUUGGAUUAAGACACUCUUUACAAAUCUAAUCUUCUCCUAAUAUAAAACUAAAUUAAUAAUCACCUUAUUAAUCACCAUAUUAAUCACCUUUAUUAUAACAACCAUCUCUUUCAUAAUAAAGAUAACCAAUUCAAUAAAAUAAUUUAGGUAAUGUUAAUAGAAAUAUUUUUAAUGAUGGUUAAAAUAAAAAAGCUAAACAAUUAUAAUUAGUAGAUUUGAAUCACAUAGAGGAACCGUGGAAAUAAAAAGUUUAAUAAUUAGAAAGAAAACUGUAACGAUUAGAAGAAUAAUAAUAAAAUAAAGUGUCUGAUGAAAAUGAAAGUGAAUUAUCUUAAGUGUAUAGUCAAAUCUAACAGUUAGUGAAUACUAUUAAAAUAUUGCAAGAAGAAAUUUAAAUUUUGUAAGACAAAUUAAACAUAAAAUAAAAUAUAAUUGAUGGUUAUGAUUCAUAAUUAAUUGCAAAAGAUAAAGAGUUAGAAGAUUAAAAUAAUUACAUCUAAGAAUUACAUAAUUAACUUGAAGAACAGACUUUAUAAAUUGAUGAUAAAUAAAAACUGUUACUGGAUGAAAUAAAUACUUGGAAGAAAAAGUUUAUUGAAUAGAACAAGUAUAUUAUAAUUUAAUUUUAGAGGACUACAUUAAAUCCAAGAGGAAUAAAUUAUGUUUUAGACAUAAAUUGAUAAUCUAAAAAAUAUAAGAUUGAUGUUAAAUAAAUAGAGUGAAAAUAAAUAAACAUGA